AUAUUACUGCAGUCAACUGGGACGCUACUAACGUGAACAGAACCAGUCUGUGUUGAAGAGAAACUUGGGUGAUCUGCCAAAGGAAAUAUUGUCGCUAAGACAUGUGGAUUCACGGUGCAAUUGUGUUUUUAUGCUGUUUGACUGUACAAGGUGAAGACGUAUGUGAGCCUGGAAGAUAUGGGGAUAAAUGUACGCAGACCUGUUCUCCAGACUGUAAACCUCUUCCCAAUGACAUAGUGCUCUGUGGCAGAGAAACUGGAGAAUGCUUUGAAGGAUGCAAAGCGGGAGUGUACGGUGACCGGUGUGAUCAACCGUGCAGCAGAAAUUGCAAAGAUCUCACCUGUAAUCAGCACAAUGGGUACUGCACUCUGGGCUGCAUAGAAAAUUACAUCGGCGACUUCUGUGAGACCUUGAAAGAGAUUACCACCGUGCAUCAAGGUACUGCCUAUAGCAGUAGCACAACCGUUACCACAGGUGUGGCACCGACAAGCAGUUCUCAGGUCGUCAUUCCAGUUGUUGUAACAGUACUUGUCCUUAUCCUUAUCCUUGUGGGCGCAGUGGUUAUCUUCAUAUGGCGCAGAAAGAAACAGAAGGAAAAGCAGUCAUGA